AUGCGUUUUGUCACUUACAUCAUUUUGCCCUUCGUGGCCAGUGUCCUCGCUGACAAUUUCAUCGUCGUCCUGGAUCCUGCCGCCAACCUUGAAGACUUCGUUGAGAAGAUCGAAAAUAUCGAAGAUGACAAUUUCAAUAUCACGAUUAUUGACGAGUACCCGGACUUCAACCUGGUGGCUGUCGAGACCGAUGAGCUUGGCGCCGCGGCGCUGGGGGCUUACGAAGAGGUUGUGGGCAUCGAAACAGAGCAGCCCUACACAGUCAAUGUCCCAGAGGAUACCCCCAAUCCUACUACAGAGCCUACGUCUAUACCCAUCACGGAGCCCGAACCCGAAUCUACCACGGAGUCUAUCCCUGAGCCUACCUAUGAGCCCGGAUCUGAGACUAUCUCUGAGUCACAAUCUGACCUCAUUCCUGAGCCCACUCCCGAGCCUAGCCCAGAGCCUGUUCCGGAAUUUACCUCUGAGCCCACCCCGGAAUCCACCCCGGCGUUCACCUCUGGGCCCGUUCCGGAGUUAAGUUCAGACAACAUCCCAGAACCCAGCCCUACACCUAGCUUCACGAUCGGCUCUGAGUCCGUCCUAGAACUUAGCCCUACGUCCAGUUUUGAGUCUAUCUUUGAGCCCACCUCAGAACCAAGCUCUGAGCCAAGCACCCAGUUUCCCACGGCUGGCUUCCCCUUCGGAGAAAGGUUCUAG